AUGGCGUUCUGUAAAACCGAAGUAAACAUGACACUGCUGCCAUUGAAGGCUCAUUACUUCAUCUACCUUGCCGCGAUGGCCUCGGUCAUGCCGUAUCAAGCGGCGGUUGGUCGUCGAGGUGGCAUUCCCGAAGCGACCAUAGCCUACAUUCUGGGCUUCAUUCCUCUUCUCGCCAUUCUUGCGAAACCUGUCUGUGGCUUCGUCGUGGACAAGACACAGAACGUCAAGUUAGUCUUAAUAGGCUUGAACGCCCUUGGGUUCGUAUCCAACGGAGUCAUUUUCUUGAACCACGGCACCCCAUUUGAGGGCCCAAACGUGAAGGGACGCCUCACUUGCCCUGAAGGAAAUUUGACGCUUGAGACGGAGUCUUUUAACUGCAUGGCAUCGCUCUUGGAGUGCAAUGUGUCUUGUCGACAGUACAAAUCAAUUGCAGCGUCGAUCAAGACUGAGCCUCUGCUCACUCUUACAGAUGCAUAUAGUGUUUGCAAUUCUCUUUGGAAUGGAACGACGAGCCGCGAUGAGGACAUCUGCGAGGUGAACUGCCCCUGCCACACAGGCUCAGAUGCUUCGCCCAACCGGGGGCUAUAUGCCGUCUUCCUGUCGCUAGCGGCGGUGGCCAUGACUGCACUCGUAAUCUCAGACGCUGCCAUCUGCGAAAUAUUAGGCGAAAACUCGUACACCUUCGGGCAACAGCGACUCUGGGGUACCAUCGGCUUCGGUGUCUGCAGUCCCGUCGUUGGUGUCUUCAUCGACGAACUAAACGAAGCGACGGACGGUCGCUCCGGUUACUCGCCUUGCUUCUACGUGUUCGGUGCUCUGUUGAUGACCGACAUUAUUCUGCUCUUUUUCAUUCCUCCGCUAAGGAUGUCCAAGGUGUCAUCCAAUUUUUUCAAGGACAUAGCGACGGUCUUAAGCCGUCUCGAGAUGACGGUUUUUGCUCUCUGGACCUGCCUCCUCGGGGCCUUGCUGGGAAUCACCUUAUCGUACAACACCUGGUUUUUGGAAGACAUUGGGGCAUCUAAAAUGAUCGUGGGGCUUAACGGUGCACUCAUGGCCGUUCUGAUCGAACUACCGCUUCUCUUUGUGUCCGGUUUCAUCCUGGAGCAAAUCGGUUACUUCCCGUGCUACUGCUUGGCGUUCGUGGCACUCGCAACAAAGUACGUUGGUUACUCGUAUCUUUACGAACCAUGGUUUUCCUUGCUAAUCGAAAUCGUUGGUGGCGCUGCUUUUCCGUUGACUAUUGCCUCCAUGACGGUUUUCGCGAAAGUGACUGCACCAGGUGGGACUGCAGCGUCCGUGCUCUGCAUUCUUAACUGCACAUUUGAUGGAAUCGGUGUGGCGAUCGGCAACGUUGUCGGAGGUGCCUGUUUCGCCUUCUACGGGGGUCGCCUCACCUUCCGCUACCUCGGCGUCGUCGCUUUUGGAUGCGCAGCCCUUUGCCUCGUCUCCCACCUGGCCCUCGGGAGAAGAGGCCUGAAGGACUAUGCGGUCGAGAGUACGUGUACGCUGAUCCAAGGCGAAGCAUGUUCUCACUCAACUCCAGCUCUCCGCGCUUUCUAA